ACGGGAGUUUCCAACUGAUAUCCCAUGAUGCCUUAGGCACCACAGACCCAUCUAUCAAUGAAAAAUGAAUGACGUUGAUCGUCACAUUCAGCAGACCAUUGACAGAUUACUAUGUAUUAAACAGCACUUGGGGACACCAACAGGCUUCCAGAAUGCUGCGCGUGAAUUACUAGAGUGGUGUUCUGAUACUCGUGCCUUCCAACGUCCAUUUGAACAGGCUCUAAUAUCUUGCCUCACAGUAGUCAGUCGAGUUGCGUCUCAACCGGGGUAUGACCUUGAACUUGGCUAUAGAUUGCUUGCAGUAUGUGCUGCCCACAGAGACAAAUUCACUUCCAAGUCAGCUGCUAUGCUGUCACUAUGGUGUGAAGAUCUCGGUAGAUUAUUACUCUUACGUCACCAGAAAAGUCGUGGCGGAGAAAGUGGCUCACUUCCUUCCACCAAUUUACAGUCCCUUCAAAACAAACUUCCCCCAGUCCCACCGAGUGAUCCUUCAAUGAAUUGGAACCAAGGUCCCCAGAAUGAUGGCACCCAGCAGCAACAGUCUCUGUCAGUGGUGACAACAGUCUGGGGUGUUACACAGACCACUCAAAGUGGACCUACCACUCAUCAACCAGGGAUGCCUGGCUUCACAAAUACGUCCAAAGCAAACAGCUAUGGUCCCCCACUACAGGGGUUCCCCAGUCAGUCCAUGCAAAAGCCACCUUAUAACCCACAGCAGGUUGGCCCUUACAGACGAGACUCAGGCAACUACAAUAGACCAAACUAUCCUUUAACUCCGAAUACACCAGGGUCUCAACCCCAAAUGAACAAUAAUGGAGAGGCUGGAUUUCAACCACCUCCAGGUGCACUAAGUGCGGCUGCGUUAGUUGCAGCUGCGGCUACAGCCACAGCCACGGCUACUGCCACUGCCACAGCACAGAUGCUACAAGAACAACAGAACCCACAGCAGAAUCCUCAAAUGCAAAUGAACAUGAAUGUGAAUAUGAAUACAUAUGGAGGCAAUGCUCCUCAGAUGCAAAAUGGACAAUAUAAUAAUAUGAACCAAUAUGGGCCACAUCAAAGGCCUACAGGGCCUGGAUCUAUGGGGCCUAUGGGACACCAGGGUCCACCUGGUGGGAUGCCAGGUCAAGGGAUGCAAGGUGGGCCAGGGAUGCAAGGUGGGCCAGGAAUGCAAGGAGGUCCAGCGAUGCAAGGUGGACCAGGCCACCAAAUGCAAGGUGGAGGCCCUGGGCCAAUGAUGAAUAAAAAUAGUGUGAGUGGAAUGUAUGGGGGUCAGCAACGACGACCUGGUCCAUAUCCCAACCCCCAGCAGUAUAUACAACACAAGCAACAAGCCAUGAGAGGGCAAUACCCACAGUACCCUAAUGGUGGACAAUAUGGGGGCCCAGGAAUGAAGCCCCAGUACCAACCAGGGCAACAGCCCAUGACAUCACCCACAGCAUAUGGGCCAGGAGGUCGACCCCCAGCUCCCCCAUACAAUCAGGCAAUGGGGCAGUCAAUGGGGCAGUUUGGUCAGGGAGGUCCCAAUUAUCGACAACCUGCACAGUAUAAUGGAGGCUACAAUGGAGUCCCAACACCUAAUAUGCCACCUGCCAUAUAUAAUCAACAGUGUUCACCACUCCCUCCCCCAGGGAAUCCGACCCCACCCAUGACCCCGGGUUCAAACGUACCCCCCUACAUGUCACCCCCUCAUGGAGGUAUACAACAACAAGGAGAUAUCAAACCCAAUAUAGCCAAUAUUAAUAUUAAAAAAGAGUCUGCCCCAGAUGAACUGAGGCUGACGUUCCAAGUGAGAGAUGGUAUAGUGCUGCACCCCUUCCGCCUGCAGCAUAACCUUGCGGUCAGCAACCACGACUUCCACUUAAAGGACUCCGUCUACCAGACAUUAAUGUGGAGGUCUGAUUUAGAGCUACAGCUUAAAUGUUUUCAUCAUGAGGAUCGACAGAUGAACACCAACUGGCCUGCAAGUGUCACAGUGAGCGUCAAUGCGAAUCCAUUGAAUAUAGAAAGGGGAGAGAAUAAGACUUCCCAUAAGCCACUUUACCUCAAAGAUGUGUGCCAGCCUGGGAGAAAUACCAUACAGAUCACAGUCACAGCAUGUUGUUGUUCACAUUUGUUUGUCUUACAACUGGUCCACAGGCCGAGUGUUCGGUCAGUGCUACAGGGGCUGUUAAGGAAACGUCUUCUGCCUGCUGAGCAUUGUAUUGUAAAAAUAAAACGUAACUUCAACAGUGUUCACCCAAGCAGCAAUAUGAAUGGUGGAGAUGGGGAUGGCGUGGAACAGACUGCCAUUAAAGUCUCAUUAAAAUGUCCGAUUACGUUCCGGCGGAUAACAUUGCCUGCAAGAGGACAUGAAUGUAAACACAUCCAGUGCUUUGAUCUGGAGUCCUACCUACAGUUGAACUCUGAGAGGGGAGCAUGGCGAUGUCCAGUUUGCAAUAAAACUGCUCUCCUUGAGGGGCUAGAGAUUGACCAAUACAUUUGGGGCAUCUUAACCAAUCUAAAUAACACAGAGUUUGAGGAAGUUACUAUAGAUGCCUCUGCCUGUUGGAAACCAGUGUUUAUAAAAGAAGAAAUCAAACAGGAGGGAGGGACAGAGCUGUCAUGUGGGGCAGGGGCAGAUUCGAGAUGGAUGAAAGCUAUGUCUCCUGCUAGUAUGCAAAUGCCCAAUAUGCAGACCUGGGACCCCUCAGCACCCCCUAACCCAUAUAAUAACAUGCCCCACACACCUCAACCUAUGCCCGGAGGUCCACCCAAUUCCUAUAGUGUCAAUCCAACAUACCCAAGUAUAACAGAUGGGCCAAAUAAUGCAAUGAGCACUGGAGCCCCUGUAGCCUCUCCACACCCUAUGAUUGGGUCUCCUCACCCCAUGAUUGGGUCGCCUCACCCUAUGAUUGGGUCUCCCCCGGGUAGCUUCCAAGGUAGCUCUAUAGACUUCCUUGGACCUCUGUCUCACAUGAGUGAUAACCUGGGGGGCAACUCUGACAUGGUACCCGUACAGAGACAGCCAAAUCACGCAGCUACUAACUCCACGAAUCCACCGAGUGCUAACCCAUCUACCCCUGGGAGUACCAGUCAGCCAUUACGGCAUCCCUCUGUCGGCCAAUCAGGACCUCUAAGCAACCAACCUCUAACCCCAUCAAGUUCCCAUGGGCCACCCACCCCCAGUCAGCCAUCUUACCCCAAUGUCUCAACGCCAUCUAUGAAUAAUGUUCAACAAAAUGGUGGCACAAGCGGGACAACGGACACUAGCAACGACUUGAACUUUGACCCUCAGGCAAUCAUUGAUGGGGAUGAUGCGGGACAAGAAGGACUUGAUUUACUUCCAUUACCUGAGAACAUUGGAGAUACUUUAGAACUGUUAUCCUACUUAGGCCCCUCUGAAGGGGACAAUAGCAACAACACAAAUAACACAAAUAGCAACAGUGAUGACCUGCUUUCACUGUUUGACUCAUAAUGAUAAAUGUCACACUUUUCAUGGUGCCAGAGACACUUCGAUGUGCAUGACACUUCAAAUUGACACUUCAGUUAGUGACACAAAACUCAGAGAUUGACAGGGGUACAAGGAAAUUUAUAUAAUUAUGUAUUAUUUAUGAUUUGAUUCAAUACAUUUAUUGAAGACAUAUUGUGAGUUGACACAUUGUUGUGUUGGACACAUUGUUGUGAUGGACACAUUGUGAAAGAGACACAUAAUGCAGAAGGAUAAUCAAAGAAAUGAUAUCCUGAGAAAUGACACAACUUAAUGGUGCGAGACACAUUGUUUAUAUGACACUUUGUAUGAGUGAGUGACACUUUGUAUGGAUUAUUGACACUUUGUAUAGAAAAGAUAAGUGGGACUUAACUGUGAUUGAACAGAUUGGUUGAGUAUUAGAGUACAUAAUAUUAUUAUAAGACCUAAGGUCACAGCUAAAUACAUAAUUUAUUGACAGAUUUAUAUAAGCUGAGAGUAGCUAUAUAUUGUUGGUGCUGAACGGAGCAUUUAAACAUGGAGAGCUGGUUGUUAUGGAAACCAACUGGCUGCUAUGUUAUGUAACUAGCUACCCUGUUGUUAGGGAACAGAGGAGCGAAGUAAGGAUCACAAAUAUUUAUUACACAUCAUCACAAGACAAGGCAUAUCAUCACUGAUGUCUUGAAAGACACACUGUUGCUAUAGAAACAUGAUUGUUGCCAUGUUGGUUGCUAUGACGACCAUGUAUAAAGAGACCAAAUGAACAGUGGAACAAAGAAAGAGUGAUAGGUUGUUCAUAUCACAUCAAAAUAACAUUAUGAAGGAGUUCUAUUUUUUUACAUAAUUCAGUGUUGGUGCCAGCAGAAGUCAGAACACCCAGAUGUUUAAUUAGUGAACAAGUCAGCUUUUUGUAUAUAUUUUGUAUAUAUAUUAUAUAUAAACAGUGUAGUAUAUGUUACACUGCAGUAGUUUUCGUCCAGAAGAAGCCUCUUGCUUGUGAAGCCUUUUAGCGGCUGUUUGCUUGACAACGCUGUACAUAGAGCCGAUAUUUUAUUGCCAUAUAUGGGAUUGUACUAUAGAAAACUGUAGAUAGUGCAACAUAUAUAAUAAUAUAUAUUAUAUAUAAAGUGUAGAUAUUAUUUCUAAGAUAUAUUCUUUAUGUGACGUCUGCUCUGUGGUUCACAAAGUGGGCACUCAGUGGUGAAUAUAUCCCAUAAUAUCUGCUUAAAUUAAGAUUACCCACAAUGCAACUGAGAUUUGAUUAAGUGAAUACUCCAAAUUAUUGUAUUGAAAGAUUUGAAAUUCAAUAAAAUUGUACAUAAUUUGUACAGAUAAAACAUUAGAACAAUCAUACAUCCUGUAAGAAAAGGCAGACUCCCAGGUUUGAGAUUUCACUCUGGCUAAAUUUUUUCACAUGUUCAUCAAAAUAUAUAGUGUAAUGUGUAAUGUUGCACCACACAUACUGUUUAAUAUUUUAAAACUUCUACCAUUCAAGUUUUGCAAAAGUGCUGAAACUGACCAAAAAUUAUGAUAAUCUUUGAUCACUGUGAAAUCAUGUUCAAAGGUUAAGCAAGUAUGGUGUGUCGUAAAGUAUCAUGGUGCAGUAAAGGCCCCUGUAAAACCAAUGUAUUUAAAAUUGUUGACCAUUUUUGUAUGCAACGUUCUUGGUACUAUGGCAACAUGAGAUUUCAAAAAUCUCUCAAAACACCAUGACAGGGAAAUGUGACCUUUAUGCACUUGAAAAAUUGUAAAUUUUAGUCCACUUUCUAUCCUUUAUAUGUACGUGUGUGGUAGAGAUAGGUGUAAAACCGCCUUUUUCAACUUUUUAUAUACUCACUUGAAGUCAAGUAUUGCUAGGAAUAGUAUCUAAAUAUUUGUAUUUAUUAUUUCUAUAUUAUUUUAUUUUUUGAAUGAAAUUUAAAGUGUUUUAGUGUACUUUAAUUGAUUGGAAUGUGUUAUGUUCCACUACAAAUGCUGUUAUCUUAAAUCUCUCGCAAUUCAAGCUCUCCAAAACAUUAUCAUUUUAUGUAUUCUGUGGUUGCUAUGGUAACUUGUGAACCAUAGGAACCAUGACCGUGGGCAUUACCAUAUCAACAAAUGUAAACAAUCUGUUAUUUAUUGUUUCAUCAUUCAUUUCAUAAAUAUAAUUGUUCAUAAAUGUUAUGCCUGUGUAUA